AUGGCAGCUGACGAGCCCAGGGCCAUGAUAGAAGCUUUCUGCAAGUGGUGCCAGGAGCAGUCGUGUGACAUGAGCCGUGUGCGCGUAGAGCAAACCUCCUCGGGGUUGGGCUUGCUGGCCGCGAAGGAUAUAAAAGCUGGGGAGAUUGGUUUGUCAGUCCCAGUGGAUGCACUGUUGACGGUUGCUGCAGCUGCGGAAACGGAGAUCGGCCAGACAGUCCUUAGCAGCGCCGCCAAGCGCAACAGGCGUGUCAGUGCACAAGCGCUCAUGUACAUCGUGAUGCUGGACGGCUGGCACAACCCAGCAAGCAAGUGGCAUAGCUACCUGAGACUGGUUCCAGCUACACACAACGAUCCUCUCUGGUGGACGGACAGUGAGCGACAAGAACGAUUGGAGGGCACCCAGCUUUUUCACGAAGCCGCGCGUCACAUGGCGCAGCUCCGUGACGUCUACGACUCACUAUUCCCUGCUCUGUCUCAAGAGCUGCCAAGCGUCUUCCCCGCCCAGCGCUACACGUUUCAAGCCUUCCUCUGGGCUCGGUCCUCUCUGUCCUCGCGCUGUUUCUCCAACCAGCAGCUGGCAACUUGUCUUCAAAGCAACAGUGACGAGCUCCCAGCUCUCCAUGAAACGGAGGGAAGAGGCUUGGUAAACGACUGUCCGGCAGCUUUGUGCCCCCUCUUGGAUAUGACGAACCACAACCCUGAUGUCGAAGUCCAUGUGGGCUUGGUGCGUUUCGCUGGCGCCAUACAUCUGGGAAUCAGCGCUACCUCCCCGGUAGCCGCAGGAUGCGAGUUCUUCAACAACUAUGGUUCAUGCCGGACGAACUUGCAGCUGCUCCUGGCACAUGGUUUUGCCGUGCCGAGGAACAGGUCCGACACGCUGCCCGUGAAAAUUCGCUCCGACGACUCCACAAGACCCGAGUUGCAGCGCAAAGCUUUGGAGCUCGCAGGCAUCAACGCAGCUGAAGUCCAUGAGCUCUCCGUCUCCGAUCUGCUCCCGGCGAAGCUGCUCGUACUCCUCCGGAUCUUGUGUAUGAGCCAGGACUGCUUGGAGAAGUAUGUGAAGGAAGGAGCUUCCUUGCUUCAGAAGAUCGAGUGUCCCGUGCCCAUUGAAGACUGCGAGAUGUGCGAGAUGCAGGUGCUGUCCACACUGGAGGGGCAGCUCCUGAGCCAGAAGAGCCGAAUCCGAGCACCGGAGCUGUCUGCUACCUCUUCCCCCGAGCGGCAUGCUGCCGUGUACCGGGCGGGACAGCUGGAAAUCAUCUCCGAGGCCCUCAAGGAGAUCCAACGCAGACGCAAACACUUCUGUGGAGAGAACGGGCUGCUGGAGGAAGGCGAAGAGGAGGAGGGAGCGGAGGUGGACCCAGAAGAGGAUGGCGAAGAAGAAGAGGCUGCGGAGAAGUACGGAGUGGAGUAUGCGCUGUGGUGCUACGUGAAACGGCUGAAAGUUCUGCGGGACGGAAUGUUAGUGAUCGACCUCUUCAUCAUCGUUUGCGGCCUCGCAGAGGUCUUGAUGUCGGAGGCCAGCGGCAAUGUCUUCGUUGAGAACUUCAGCCUGCUCCGCGUAAUGCGCAUCGCUCGCAUUGCCCGUUUGCUGAAGCUCUUCCGACGCUUCAGCUACCUGAAGGAGCUUCGGAAGCUGCUAUCCAUGGCUACCUCCUGUAUGCGAACAUUGUGCUGGUCGUUCAUCUUCUGCUUCAUGGUAAUGACCAUUUGGGCUAUGCUCAUGGUGGACCUGGUGCAGCCGCUCAUCACCGAGCUCGGGAAAGCCGGAGAGUUUGGCGACUGCGAGCAAUGUCUCCGAGCAGCCGCGUCGGUGAUGGAUGCGAACUUGCUGCUUUUCAAGACCGUGAUCGCCGGUGACAGCUGGGGCAGAAUCGCAGUGCCGGUGAUCGAGGCCUAUCCCGCGACGGCGAUCAUCUUUGUAGGCUCCUUGCUCACGCUGGUUUUUGGAGUGCUUAACCUGAUCGUCGCUGUAGUGGUAGACACCUUUGCUGAAGCACGCGAGAAGGAUGUCCUAAACCUGGCCGAGGAGAUGGAAACCGACAUCGAAAUGGACAAGAAGUUCCUACAGAAGAUCUUCGAUCGUGUGGAUGAAGACGGAAGUGGGGAGCUCACUCUCAGCGAGCUAAUUGAAGGAGCCAGGAAAGAUACUGAGUUCCAGAGCCGCCUCCGCGUCAUGGACAUCGAUGAGGCUGACUUGCAGCAGCUCUUUCAGAUGAUCGACACCGACGACUCGGGCACCGUGGAGCGCGACGAGUUCAUCCAACCGCUUAGCCGGUGGGUACACGAGUCCAAGCGCCACGGCGAGAAGUUUGCCUAA